GCAAGGAAUUUUUGAUGCAAUUUUGAAGGGAGUCAUUGAUUUUGAAUCAGAUCCAUGGCCGUUGAUCUCAGACAGUGCCAAAGAUCUCAUAAGGAACAUGCUAUGUUCUAAACCUUCGGAACGCUUGACAGCCCAUCAAGUACUAUGUCAUCCUUGGAUAUGUGAUCAUGGAGUUGCUCCUGAUCGAGCACUUGAUCCGGCAGUUCUUUCUCGCCUCAAACAAUUCUCUGCAAUGAAUAAGUUAAAGAAGAUGGCUUUGCGAGUUAUAGCGGAAAGCCUUUCGGAGGAAGAGAUUGCCGGAUUAAGAGAAAUGUUCAAGGCAAUGGACACAGACAACAGUGGGUCAAUUACCUUUGAUGAGCUUAAAGCAGGUUUCAGAAGAUAUGGUUCGACUUUAAAGGAUACAGAGAUUCGUGAUCUUAUGGAAGCAUGCAAUUGUUCCAUUCGAAUAGAAUUUACUUUUGAAGAUCUAAACUUGUGCCCUCACUUUAAUCCUCUUUUGGAGUUCAUCUGAAAUUAUGGAGAGAACAUCU